CUCCACUCAGGUUGUUGCCUGAGAAAGGGGCGGAGUGUGCGGCUACAGCGAGGCUAGCCUGGGGAGCAGGUUCGGUUAUCCGGGAGAAUGAACCCUGAGAAACGGCCGAAACGGGAACCGGAGGAAGAGGAGGAAAUAGAGGAGGAAGGUGAGUGAUGGGAGCUGCCGGGAGGGUGAAUGAUGUCUGAUAUCCACACAGUACAAUGGCUCUCCGGCUGCUAUACUGGCUGGAUACCAUGGAGCAUUCCCAGCGCUACAGCAGCCAUGGAAACCCACGGGAUGUUCCUGGUGUUUGCUGCCCGUUCAGGAUCAGCUUACACCGGGCACCAUGGGUUGUGUGUACUGCCCAGCACCCUGUGCCCUGAGCGGGUAAUUACCGGUAUUGGAGUUUGUUAGGGUUAACUCCUCCUCUAGUGACCACCAGACAGCAACUGGAGGGAUUUCCGGGUGUUUAGGUUACUUUUUGUCGUCUAAACGACGCUGGAUGUCCUCACGCUAUGCAUCGCCGGAAUCCCCAUAGGAAGGCAUUAAAUAAUAAGUUUUUAUGGGGAAAUUCUAAUACGAGAGCCGCCAUUGCGGCGCAUGCACAUUGGGUCAAUCCCCGAGCCAGCGCUGGACCCAAGUAAGUGGCCGGGGGGCCUCGACGGAGCGCCAGGAAAACGAUUUACUGUAACGGUUACAGUAAUACUUUUUAAAACCGAACUUCUUAAACUUAAAAUGCCCUAUUGAACAAUACUUAUUAGUUGUUUGUGUUUCCCUGAAUUUUGCAUUAAAACUUGCAAAUCAUGUUUUUUUUUUUUUUUUGGUUUUAAAAUUUACCUGGAACCUAGCGCCAGGGCAAAGCUCACACAGCUGACGUCUCUUCCAAGAUCAACAAGGGCCUUGCGUGGUCCAGUUAAAUGCAUCCUUUGAUUGAACCGUUACUAUGGCUAAGAGCGCAUGCACAUGCUCUGAUUCUGAAAGGAAGGGAAUCGGGAUAAUAUAUAUAUAUAUAUAUAUAUAUAUAUAUAUAUAAAAUUUAUUAUUUUUUUACUACAUCCGCUAUAAAGGGUAUAUAAACUUGUGAUGACAAUUGUUAUUUUUGCACAGAAUUGUUAGGCAAAGUUACGUGUUGCAGUGAUGCAACUGGCGGCCUGCACAAAAGUCAUUAUAUCUCUAUAUGUGCAGCAUUUCAAGCUGAAACAAUGCACGCCCAGAUUCCUACUGAAUCACUGAAGUGGUCAUGGAGUAACCGUUCAAUAAACCGUUAAUAUACUAUGUGGCUGGUCUAAGGAAUUCUACUGCUUUACUUAAGUCUUGUAAUGCAGAUCGAAAAUUAACUCCCGAACACUCUGAUUUACAAUUCAUAUGUUGUUCAAAAGUUUUUUUAAUUUUUGUACUAGUAUUGUAAUUUUGAUAAAUCGUUUGCAUGCUUGUGUCAUGUAUACUUUUUCAUAUUUCUGUUGGUGGCAGUAGCUACAAUAGUGUAAUCAUGGCAGUUAGGACUUAUCUGAUUAUUACAAUCAUGACAUGAAAAACUGGACCUACUCAUGGUACUUGGAGUAAUCUUUUAAACAGACACAUUUAAUACUAGAGUGCAUUAUUUUUAAUAACAAAAUAAAUAAAAGCAAAUAUAGGGAAUGUAUACAUACACAGAUACAUGUAGCAGAAAAGUUUUACAUUUGGAUGGCUAGUGUUUCCCAGUGCUAUGUAUUAAUAAACAGUUUUUUUUUGUUUUUCAUUUUGUUGCAGUAAAACACGGCCGGCAUGAACCUGAAGAUCGUCGUAGUAGGCAUUGCCCAUAUCUGGACACAAUCAAUAGGUUAUUAUGGCUGUUAAACUGUAAUAUGUCUAUUUCGGAUUUUGUUGCUUUGAUUGUUAUCCUUAAACCUUAUUUUUGUUUCCUAUAUUAUAAGGAGCGUUUUGGAUUUUGAUUUCGAAAAGCUGUGUUCCAUUUCUCUUUCUCACAUCAAUGUAUAUGCCUGCCUGGUGUGUGGAAAAUACUUCCAGGGUGAGUAAGACCGGAUCAGAUAUUUCCUAUUUUCAAACAUAGGGACACACUAAACAGCAUAACCAGUAAUGUUAACGUGUCCGCAGCAGUAUUAGCCAAUCAAUGUGACUAAGGUUUUAUGAAAUUGAAACUGAUAAUGUGAAACUAUUAAUUCACGCACAGUGUUGUCAUUAUAUUUUCUGUUUAUUUUCUUGAUUUCUGUCUUUGUGUUCCAUUCUAUUCUGCAUCUUGUUUGCGCUUUUUUUGCUUUCUUAAUCUUUUACAAUUUUUUUUUUUUUUUUACUUCCUCUUCUGCAGGUCGAGGGUUAAAAUCUCAUGCUUAUAUACAUAGUGUUCAGUUCAGUCACCAUGUUUUCCUCAACUUGCACACGCUGAGGUUUUACUGCCUCCCGGAUAACUAUAAGAUCAUAGAUUCAUCUCUGGAAGAUAUUACGGUACUUCAUAUAAAGUUGUUUCAUAUCUGCAUUUUUUAUUUUUUUUUAACUUUAGACCUGUCGCUGCAAAUCUUUUCUGUUACACCUGCUGGCUGCUUAUAGUUUUUCAGGAUCAGUAAUGUGUAACAUUGUCACACUGUGCAGAGUGUGAUCCUGUAAGCUCACUCUGAAGACCUUUUUAUAACAACUCUGUGUAUUAUUUGACACAAAGAUCACCCAUUCCUAUGAACUAUAAUAGGGUAUGCAAGGACAACUAGCCAAGUCCUCCUCUCCCAUGGGGUUUGCGGAACCAUAUUAUUAGACAUAUGGACAAAUCCUUACUCAACGUUGCAUACAGCUGCACAUAUGUGAUAUACCCACUGACGCCUGUAGCGUGGCAGAACUCUUGCUUUAGGCUGUAAUUUGCGUGCUGUGUGCAGCAACCAGCCUCAUAACUGAAUUUCCAUAUGUAGUAGUGAAUAACAGACAAAGUACACCGCACAGUCAAACACUGCUUCAAGCUAGCCUGACACUCAAAACAUAUUAACCAAGGACUAGAUUGCGGUCCUGUUGUGGACCUGCCUACCUGCGAUAUUGAAAGGUGUAUGCCAGGGAUGCAGACAUACUUCUCUAUUCUGGGAAUGUUGCUAUCAAACUGGGUAGAAUGGCCACAUGAAAGUAUUUAUGGGUCAGAAAUGGCCCUUGAGCUAGUGCUUUUAAAAACCUGCAAUACAAAGUGCCUCUUCCAUCUUGGCAUGAGUAGUAGAAAAAGUAGACUUCCAAAUAUUCCCAUUUUGCUUCCUAUGCGUAUUACAUUUAAUCACUGUCUGUUUACACUUUCUUGCAGUAUGUGCUGAAACCAACGUUCACAAAAGCUCAAAUCACUAACUUGGACAAACAGGCCAAGCUUUCCCGGGCAUAUGAUGGCACCACUUACCUCCCAGGAAUUGUGGGGCUUAAUAACAUCAAAGCUAAUGACUAUGCCAAUUCUGUAUUACAGGUAGGAAUAAACAUGUAUGAAUGAGUGCAUGAUUCCCUAUAUACCAUGGCUCAAAAUUUAAGGUUAUGUUGUGUACCUUAAUAUCUUGGAUAAUUUACUGGACUUAUUCCAGUCUGAAUAUAAUACCAGAGGGAAUGGAAAUAGAACUGCACCUUCAACUGAAUUCUCUCCGUGUUCCAGGCUCUCUCCAAUGUUCCUCCUUUGAGAAAUUAUUUCCUUGAGGAGGAGAAUUACCGUAAUAUCCAGCGUCCCCCUGGGGACAUCAUGUUCCUUUUGGUGCAGAGAUUUGGGGAACUUAUGCGCAAAUUGUGGAACCCAAGGAAUUUUAAAGCUCACGUAUCCCCACAUGAAAUGUUACAGGCCGUAGUUCUUUGUAGCAAAAAGAAUUUCCAGAUCACAAAGCAAGGUAAGAACUCCACUCUCUGUGUAAAUCAUCUAUUCUUCCAUGUGUUUGUGUCUGUAAACCUAUCUUAUAGAAUUCUUAAUUAUGGUCUGUGAUUAAAUUCCUUUUCAAAGGUAAGGUGUGAGGCUGUUUAAUCACUUGUCACUUUUUGCUGUGGUAUACCAUCAUAAAGUUGUUCUAAGGACUCCAAUAGUUUCUGGAACAAUAUUAUCGCAAGAUUUUUUUUUAGCAACCGCCAUUAUAAAGUAUAGUUCUUAGAAGCAAAAUUAUUUUGGUAACAUUUUCAGCAUUUAUUCUUUCUAAGGUACCUUCCAGCCCACCCACAAGGUAAUAAAAUAUAUACUUUGAAUAUAGCAUGAAAGUACAUUUUUACCUGGAUCUACAUAACCUUAGAUGAGAUUGAUUAUGACUUCUCUGUUGAAUAUUCUCUCUGUUUACUGGUUCUCUAGUCCGUUAAAGUAAUUUUGAUAUGAGACAUUCCAGAUCUGAAAUAAAGGAACACUAUAAUUCAAAAUUGACCUCUGUUAUUAAUGCAUUAUGGAUAAAAUGCAAAAGAAACAUGAAAAGGGCAUUGUGGGGUAUUUUGAGCACACAACUUGAUCUAAAAAAUAAAUCAAAACACAGCAUUAUUAUAACACUUCCUAGUGUUAUGCUGUCAAAAUAUUCAUCAGCCUUUUAAAAUGAACUAAAUUCUUUUAUUACCAAGCAAGGAUAAACAUGAACAACAAAAGUAAUAUGAAUAUACAUUUCAAUUCCUUGUUGAUUCAGAGAUAAAUGUGCUUGUUAGUUUGAAUUAAUAAGUUUUGGGGUUUUUUUUGGUUUGGUUUUUCAAUUUGUUGAGGCAUCAUUGGAAUCUUUUCAGUUCAAAGAGGAAAUUAGUGAACUUGACGUGUUGGGUGUUUUUUUUUUUUUUCAGGUUAGAGGCAGUGCACAAUAAUUGGGAUAUUCAUCAUGUCUGACAGGAAAAGGCAGUCAGCACACUAGCAAUUUAAAAGCUAAUCCUCCUCCCCACAAGAUACAAUACCCCCAAACUGACUCAGAAACUCAAUUUCUAUAGGUAGGCACUCAUGUUUUUCACGUCCCUCACAAGGGCAAGGUGAGGCGGCUUAGGCAGAGGAGGGCUCUGCUCUUACAGGGAAGGACUUUAGGUGGGCCUGUUUCUUCCCUUUUCUCUUCUUAGGCGUUGGAAUGUAUGGCGGUUGCCUUUAUAAGUCCUGUUUACGUCCAUGCGGAGUGCCAGAAAUGGUGAUCAUCGCACACACAUGCUGGGACUCUCUUAUGAUUGGAAACAUGCAUAGGUUCUUAUGUGCUCCACUUUGAGUUUGUGGCACUAUGUACUAAGCAAUCUCUGAUUUUAGACACAAAAUUCUAUUUUUCUAGGUUCUGGGGGCUAUUUAUUCCAAUUUGCAACUGCCUGUUUGCCAGGUGCUCUCAGUUCUGUUGCAGUGAGCUUUCACCAGCACAUCCAGAGGCCAUUUGAGUUUAGAUUCGAUCAGGCAACACAACCACAGUCGCAUAUUUAUCCAGGCAAAGAGGAACUCAUUCUCUCUCUGGCAAGGGUGUAUUCCGGUGUGAAGAUUUUUUCAGAAGUCAUGUUGGCAGAUGCUCUGAGCAGGACUCAUUUGAAGCAUGGAGAUUGGUUUUGUUCCCAUCAAAAUUUUCAAUCAAUAGUGUUGAGAUUCCGAACUCCAGAAAUCAACCUGAUGGCUUUAAGACUAUACACAAAAAUCUGAAUAUUUUUCUCUAUCAUCCAAUUAGAAAAUCUUGACCUUGUGGUUGUCCUAGCAACUACCUGGCAUUCUCAUUUGGCCUACUUUUUCCCUCCAGUUUUUUUUAUUCCAAGGAUUUUGCAGAAAAUUAAGAGGGAAAACAAGCAAAAAUCAUUGUUAUUCUUCCCUUCUAUCUCGGAGCAGCUAGUUCUGAAUUUUCUUUGAACCUCUAAAAGGAAACUUUUUGCAAUUUCCAUUUUCAGUAAACCUUUUGGAACGCAAUCUGGUUCCUCUGCUAAUCAGUCUCACAGAGUGAUAUUUGAACGGUAGAUUCUUGGUUCCAAAGACUUGUGUCCAGAUGUUAUUGAUAUUCUUAUUGCCUUCAAGAAAGAAUCCACAAGCAGAGUUUAUUCAGGAUUUGGAGGACAUUCAAUUCCCUGGGAAUUCAUAAAAAUGAUAAAUCAACUUCUGUUUCGAAUACCAAGAUUUCGACAUUUGACUUUUGCAAAGGGUCUAGAUUCACAUCUUUGCUAGUCCAAAUUUCUGCAAUUAGUUUACACACAAUCAGAGACUUGGCUUGAGAACCUCUGAUCUCUAGGUUUUGGAGAUCUGUCUUUAAUCUCUUCCUAACUAUCAGAGAAAUGGUUGCUACGUGGGAACUUUAGUCCUUUCAGCAUUUUGUGACUCCCCUUUUCAACUGUUCGAUGAAUGCCAUCUCAUAAUCCUUACCUGGGACAACUGUCUGGUAGCCAUUAUGUCAGCAAAGAGGUUUGAUAAAAAUGAAGGCUUUAAAGCGCAUCUUCCCUAUCUAUUAUUCAUAAUGAUAGUCACGUUUGGUGAACAAUAUUAAUCAGUAAAUUGCACUUCCAACAUACUGUUGGAAUCUUUGUAACAGAGAGUAAAGUAAAUGUCAUUGCCUUGAUGUUAAACAAACUGCAGUGCUAUUUGGAAUAACCAAGACCAUGCCGUCCUUCUGACAGGCUGUUUGAUUUCUGUCAGAAGAGGAUCUCUUGGCAUCCGACUCAUUAGCAAAAUGGAUUAAAGAUGCUAUCAUGCUUUCCUGCAAGUCCUCUGAGUUACUCCCCCACUUUAUUUUAAAGGCUCAUUCCAUAUGGGCAAAUGCUGCACCCCGGGCAUCUAAGGAAUUGGCAACUCUUCAGUUUGCUAGCCGUCUGCUUGGUGCCCGUUCACACUUUCUCAGAUACUCAAAAUACUAAGUAAGACAUACAGGCCCCUGAGGAUUCUGUUUUUUUUGAGUGCAAGGUGCUUCAACGAUGGUAAAAUAAUGUCUACCCACCCAUUUGGGUCUGCUUGUUUAUCCCUGUUGAUGUGCACAGUCUCUAAUCUGAAGGGGAAAAAACGAAUUUACUUACCGUAAGUUUCUUUUUCUUUAGGAUUAGAGGCAGUACACUGAUUUUCUUCCCUAUUUAAUAAAUAUUCUAGUUCUUCCCUGUAAGAGCAGAGUUCUUUUCUGCCUUAGCCGCCUAACCUCGCCCCUGGUGAGCAAUGUCUAAAACAUGAAUGCCUACCUAUCUUGCAUAGAACUGGUGUUUCUGAGUUUGUUUGGGGGUAGUGGGGGAAGUCUUAGGAGGAGCUUAACUUUUAAAUUUGUGGUGUGCUGCCUACCUUUUCCUGUCCAGAUAUGGUGGAUAUCCCUGCUGUUCUGCACUACAUUUACGGUAAUAUAUUUAUUGCAUACUAUAUAAGUGCUUUUUUUAUCAGAAAAGGUUUGAUUUCUGAUUUUUCUUUUUUCAUUUAAUUUGAUUUCCUUUCUCUACUGGAAUGUGUGUGUGUGUGCUGACCGUAUCUCCUUUUUAGUGUUUGUCUAAGCAAUCUUUCUUUAUGUGUAUAGGGGACGGAGUGGAUUUUUUGUCCUGGUUCCUAAAUGCUCUAAACUCUGCUCUUGGGGGCACCAAGAAAAAGAAAAGUGAGUAUCUGGAUUACAGUCAUAUUUCACUUCAGCAAUGAUAAUUUGCAAGGGAUUAUUCCAGACUUGUCUCUUGAAUUCAUGCUUUGCAUAUUUUCUGCAUGGUAUUUGUAUGCUUUCAAGCAUGUGACUUUUUUGACUGAUGUCUGUAUCCAUUGUUUUCUUCCAGCUAUUGUAACCGAUGUCUUCCAAGGAUCCAUGAGGAUAUUCACCAAAAAGCUCCCACACCCAGAUUUGGUGAGUUGUACAAACAUGCUCAUUUUGACAAAUGUUUACCGCUUGUCUCUGUAAUUUAUUUCACAAUUGCUUGGAAACUUGAACAUCAUGUGUUCUUUCAAAAAUGUAUGUAAAGGCGUUGGUGCGCCUUAUUGGUCAGUUAAGAGAGUGAUAAUUGCAAGACUAAUGUACAGAAAGCUUUUUCAGUUGACCAAUAAAGGUACCUCCUUUACAUAACUUUUUUUUUUUUUUUUCUCAAAAAACUUCAUCACAGUGUAUAGAUAGAAUUUUAAUUGUGUGAGGUUGGAGAAUAAAUACAUCAUUAACUUCGCUAUGAUUGACUGCAGACAUCAACUGCACACUCAUUCAUACAUUAAGACGCUGCUUUCAAUCACUAUUGUGUAGUGGAUCAUCCUUGGCAAAUUUGCCAGGGCUGACUUUCCACUCACCGAUGACAAGGCAUCAACUGGAAAUUUUGAGUCCUGAAAUAAAUAUGUAGAGCUGGGCAGUGAUUAGACCUUCUCUCCUGUUAUGUAAUUGUGUUUUGUUAAUGGUUCCAUGUGUUCUUAGCCAGCAGAAGAGAAGGAACAGCUGCAGAACAACGAGGAAUACCAGGAAACUAUGCUGGAGUCUCCCUUCAUGUACUUGACUUUGGACCUUCCUACUGCCCCCCUCUACAAGGAUGAGAAAGAACAGCUCAUUAUUCCACAGGUUCCUCUCUUCAGCAUCCUGGCCAAGUUCAACGGCAUAACUGAGAAGGUACUGGGACACAUGGAAUAAAGAAAUAGACAUGUGAUGGCCUGAGUAAACUCCUUCAGGCACCCAAGUUGCAGCACUGACCCGCUGCAGUCCUGUUCAGGCAAUGCUUUUAAUGACUGAGCUUAAAGUACUUUGGAAACCUGAGAUAUAAAGGGAAGAAUUUUUAUAAAACAUGGGGUGUGUAAAGAUGGUUUCGGAAUGCUACUAUAGCAAAGCUAUUAAGAUUUUAACAUGCAAAACAUAUUACUGCUGAUAAAUGCUAUCAAACUUAAUAAAGCUGUAAUGGGGACCAGCGUAGCCAAAACUCUGUUUUGAAAAGCAAAAGAAGUAUGUCUUAGGUGAGUGGAGCAAUGGCAUUUACAUGUAGACAUAAUUGAGUGAGACAUUGUUUUUUUUCUUUGCAGGAAUACAAGACCUAUAAAGAAAAUUUCCUCAAGCGUUUCCAGCUAACCAAGCUGCCUCCAUAUCUGAUCUUUUGCAUCAAGCGUUUUACGAAGAAUAACUUUUUUGUGGAGAAGAAUCCCACCAUUGUGAACUUUCCCAUCACGUGAGUUGACUUGCUGUUAAAUUGGACUUUAGAGCAUUAGAGAUACGUUCCAUGUUUCGAGAGUUUGGUGGGUCCUAUAAGUCCAGUAUGUGUUUGCUCUUUCUGUUAUUUAGGAAUGUUGAUCUUCGAGAAUACCUGGCAGAGGAAUUUCAAUCUGUGCACAAGAACACAACUUAUGACCUUAUUGCAAACGUAGUGCAUGAUGGGAAACCCAAUGAGGGAUCUUACCGUAUCCACGUAUUACACCACGUAAGUUCCACAGACUGGUCUUCAUAACACUGUAUAGUGAACAUACAAAUAAGCAGGAAUUCUAAUAUAAAGGAGUGACACCUCCCAAGUGAAAAAAAUUAAAAGGUAAUACAACCUCCAUAUGAGAACAAAUAUGGUAACCGGGAAUAUAUAAUUUAAAAAAAAAUAAAUAAAAAGACUGGAUGUGGUGUAAUAAAGUAAAACAAAAAUUGACACUACAAAGAAACAAGAAAACUCACAAGAACACAAAGUGUGUCAGACUUAUCCAUCUGGAAAUGUUCUUAAACAUGGUGUACAGGCGGUCAUCACUUUGCGACCUACCUGUUUUGUGACAGCUCGCACUUACGACCAGCUCUCUAGCAUGAAAAUUCAAGGGGUUCCCCACGUUAGAGAGCUGUUCACAGAAUUUUUCCCGAACAUAGCUUAGAGGGAUUCCCUGCUCUGGUGAGUAUGUCUAUGUUUGGGGAAAGUUUAUCGAACAUAAACCUACGCAGCAGAGCAGGCAAUAACUCUAAUAUAUGUUCGGGGGAAAUUCCCUGAAAAUAGACCUGCGCAUGCGCCUCACUUACCGACCAAUUGGUUUUAUGACCGAUUCGUAAGAACGGAACCCGAGUGGUAAGUGAGGAGCAUCUGUAUAUCUUCUUGAACUUUAAAAGAAGCUGAGAAAAAAAAAUAGUGCAGAUUGCAAAGAUAUUUAAAUAUUUAUUAAAAUUACACUCACAAGAGAAACCAUAAAAUGGGCAUAUAUCCACUCCCAGGGAAUGUGGAUACUGAUGAAACUUGUACAGAGAUGAAUUUCCAAGAUUGAGGGGAGUGUCCCAAACAAUAUAAAUAUAAUAAAAACCAAAACAAGAAAUCUAAAAAACAAAGUCCCAAAAUAGUAAUAUCCAAUGCAUUUCCUAUUAUGGACUUCUUCAGAGAUAUCUGCCUCAUCUUACAUGUCCUUCAUUUAAAUAAGAAUUGUUAAUGAUCUAAUGCCAUCCACCUGCAGUUUGUGAAAGACGCAGAUGCUUUGCUGUUUCAGGCUCUUGUGACACCACAUCCUGUUCCUGGAUCCUUCUCUAACGAGAAUCGUAUCUAAGGAUAUGUCUAAGAAUGUCCUGGAGUUUUGGGGACGGAAAUACUCAUAUAAACUUAUAAAACCUAUGAGGGGACAGGCAACUCACAACAAUAAUACAAAAAUGAACUCAAGAUCUUUAUAAUGACCCGGAAAUAUGACCUAUAUAAACAAAUAUGUGAUAUAAAUAAAUAAAAAUUCCAGCAUUAUCCUCCUUAUAUAUAUAUAUUUAAAGAGAAAGUAUAAAAAUAAAUAAGAUCUAGAAAACAUUUAAAUGAAUAAAAUAGAAAAAGAGCAACAAAACAAAAAAAUAAAUAAAAAAAAAUCCAAGUCAUGAUAAUGAUCUCUGUACAAUUCCCAUAACAAUAAAAGAUUAUAAAAUAUGGAAUACACCACCAACUCAAUAAAAUCUGAAUAAAUCCAACACGAACUAGAAUGUUUAUUCAAUCUCUCACAAUCUAUUAAAGGACCACUAUAGUGCCAGGAAAACACACUCGUUCCUGGCACUAUAGGGUCUUUAGGUCCCCACCACCCUCAAGGUCCCACUCUCGCUGGGCUGAAGGGGUUAAACUCUUACCUUUCUCUGAAACUGCUAUGUUUUCAGCUGCAGGAUUAAAACUAGAAGGACCUGGCACCCAGACCACUUCAUUGAGCUGAAGUGGUCUGGAUGCCUACAGUGGUCCUUUAAACAAUAUAUUGAGGAGAGGAAAGAAAGAAUCAACCCUGCAACGGUCUGACCAAUCAAAUAAGUCCUUCAAGGUCAAUGUCUUGAUUAAGUUCAUGAUUAAGUGCUUUUAGAUAGUAAAUCCAUUGGGCUUUUUUAUUCAGCUAUAAGGCCAGGUUCUCCUUACAGCCCACUACUUCUGUGAUGCUACUCAACCUCCUUGCAGGUAGAGUGAUCUCAUUGAGACAGGGCUGAAGGAGGGCUGUCUGCGUGCUGAUGAUGGAAGUUUAUUUUUUAUUUUUUUUUAUCCAGAGAUUUAACAUUAGCAAGCUUAGAACUCCUCCAGCAGCAACACGAACUAUCUUUGUAUGUUAUGUGCAGUAUUUCAUAUUGAAACACUGCACACAUGGGCUUCUUACACCAUGGGUAUCUGCUACCCAUAUGGUGGGUGCAACUAUUUCAAUGCUACACACGUGUGUGUGUGUGUGUGUAUAUUAUGAAACCUGUAUGCAGUUAGUGUUAAUAUCUCAUUAACCAAUAUUUUAUUAAACUUGUUUUUUAUUGAAGUGUUCACAUGUUAAGUUUCCUUGGCGUAAUUUUAUUACACAAUAAUGUAAAAUGGUGUAAUACAAUAAAGUGACUCCACUGUCACUCACUGCUGGCUAAGGGAAAUCAUGCAGUGCUUAGGGCAGCAUGGAGGGGGAUGUCCAUUGCCAGAAGGCUGAUGGCAGAUAUGUUUUACGCACAGAUUUAACAUUUACCAGCCUGGCACUGCGUCAGCAGUUAAACGAACAAUCUUUGUAUGUGAGAUCAUUGCACAUUGAAACACUGUGCAUACAGGCUUCUUGCACCAUGACCACUUCAAAUCACUCAAGUGCUCAUGUUGCUAGGGGUAACCAUUCAAAGAAAGUAAGAAACAAAUAUAUGGCUUGGAGAAACAUUCAACUAACUGAAUCCUGUCUCUUAAUAUUUGGGCUUGCGGGUUUUGUGAUUUCCUUUUAUUUUUUUUUUAAACUGACAUUUUCCAAAGCAGGAGGGGUUCAUGUUUUCGUUAUUAACUUAUCCCCUCCCACACUGUUCCAGAUCAGUAAGAUUAAUGAUUUGUAUGUACUUGUAGUAAAUAUUCCAGGACUGUCUAAUAUAAAAUCCUUAAAUGUGAUUCUUGUUAUAGGGCACCGGGAAGUGGUAUGAGCUGCAGGAUUUACAAGUGACUGACAUCUUGCCACAGAUGAUCACUUUAUCAGAGGCCUACAUACAGGUAGGGAACGAUAAGACCUCUGUUGUAAUUAACAUCACAGUAUCUGAGUGAUGCUUAGACAAACUUUAUAUAGGAAAUCUAUACAAUCAAAUCUCUGUCCUCAACCUGGGCAAAUAAAAGGUUUAGAAGAUCAAAGCAUAUGUAGUAUAUCCACCAUUAUUAAUGUGUUUGUCUGGACCAGUCUCACAGCACUUCCUCUAUUGCUUGCAGAUCUGGAAGAGAAGGGAAGAUGGAGAGAAGAACCAGCAGGGGGCAUGAUCAUAAACCGUUUUCAUAUCAUGAUUGAAGUCCAUGUAGUAAAGAGAAAAUCGUUUUGAAGAACAUGAAGAGAAAUUGCUACGUGUGAAAUGUCUUUAUUAAUAAAGAGGCCACCUCUAGUCUUUAGAGGGUUAUUCUUUAAUUCAUUUGAAGGGUCUGUCAAGGUGGUUAAUGGCAGAUUAUCAUUUUAUAGACUUCCUAUCUGGGACUGUUUACUAUACACAGUGUCUUACGAUUUAUUGGUCCUUGUCAUCCUUAUGUGUGUCAUAGAAUCUGCUACCUAUAAGGUAGGACAACCAUUUCACUGCUACAACACUCUGCCAGACAUUGCUGUUUAGUACAAGUGUAUAUAUUAUGAAACCUCUGUGAAGUUUGUGUUAAAAGCCACAGGUCUUUGACUUAAACAGAUUAUAUUUUAUUAAACUUGUUUUGUCACAAGUUAUUAUUGUUUGCAUUGUUAAUAUUCAAC